GAUAAUAGAUGAGCAGUGUGGUGUGGCGAUUAUUCGUAGUGUAGUAUUAAAGAAAGAAAGAGAGAGAAAGAAAGACUGACGAAUUAAAAUCCGUAGUCACUCUUUCUGAAAAUCCUAACCUCAUGAUUCCCUAAUGCCCCUCGUUUUUUGCAGUUAUUAACCAACAAUGCCAUCGCGUCCCGUUCCGGCAGUUUUACCGGCAGCGAUUCCUCCGCCAGAGCACCACCACGGCCACCACCACUAUCACAGUGUUCUAAUUCGGGUCCUCGCCGGAACCCUAGCUUUCGCCGUCGUCAGCGUUGUUUUCCUCGUCGUCUUCUUCAUCUACCGUAAGCUCUCCUACAACAGAACAGCUCCCUUCGAGAACAACCAGAGCCAAAACGGCGUCGUGUCGAACCAGCAUCAGAGAUUCUCCUACUCCCUUCUCCGGCGAGCCACGGGUUCGUUCUCCGCCGCGAACCUGCUCGGCCAUGGCGGAUUUGGCUCGGUCUACAAGGCCACGCUCCCGUCUGGGGAGUCCCUCGCCGUGAAGCUGAUGGACUCGCAGGGAUCAAUCCAAGGAGAGAGAGAGUUCCAGAACGAGCUCUCUCUCGCUCUAAACCUCUGUUCCCCACACAUACUUUCUCUCCUUGGCUACUCCAUGGACAAUCGGGGGAAGAGGAUGCUACUAGUGUACGAGCUGAUGCCGAAUCGGAGCCUCCAAGAAGCGUUGUUCGAUCGGAAGUGCUCGGAGCUCAUGGACUGGAAGAAGAGGUUCCGCAUUGCGCUGGACAUCGCCCUAGGGCUCGAGUAUCUCCACCACUCGUACAAUCCGCCAGUGAUUCAUGGCGAUGUGAAGCCGAGCAACGUUCUGCUCGACUCCGAUUUCAACGCGAAGAUCGGUGAUUUCGGCCUGGCGAGGCUGAAGACAGAGGAUCAGGAUCAGAACCAUCUCGUCGUCGAAGAGGAAGGAGAAGCGGAGGAUUUCGCGGAGCAGAAGAAGAACAAGAACAAGGAAGACAACGGCUCGAUCGUGGAAGAGGAGACGGAGAGCGUCAGCGUCAGCGUAAGUAUCCUCACCGGCGGAUUCGAAGAAGGUAAUUCGGCUCUCGGUCGGUCUCCGGAGAGUUUCGGCGGCGUCGCUAGGGUUUCAGAGAAUCCCGAGGCUUCGUCGCCGAUGGACGAAAGUGGAAAAAAUUUGACCGGAAAUAAUGGUAAAAGGAAGGGAGGCUCAGGGAGGGAUUGGUGGUGGAAGCAGGAGAAUUGCGGGGAAUCGGAAUCAGGAAGAGUGAAAGAUUACGUCAUGGAGUGGAUUGGCAAUGAGAUUAGCAAGGAAAGGCCGAAAACCGAGUGGUCCGAAUUGGAGAAGCUCGAGUCUUCGAACGCCGAGAAGAAGAAGAAGAAGCGAAGAAAGAGGUUGGAAUGGUGGGCGUCAAUGGAUGAGAAGAAGGACCACCACAAGCAUCGGAAGAAGCCGAGGGAGUGGUGGAAGGAGGAGUUCUGCGAGGAGCUCACGAAGAAGAAGAAGAAGAAAAAGGCGAAGGAUUCGAGCAUCAGAGGCGAUUCGUGGUGGCAGAAGGAUAGAGAUGAAGACGAGUUUCAAGAGAGGAAGAAGAGGAAGAGUAAGAGUAGUAGUACUAGAAGAAGCAUAGAUUGGUGGUUGGAUGGAAUUAGUGGUGAACUCAGAAGUGGAAGAAGAAACAGCCAAGAUUGGGCUAGUUGUGAUAUACCCAAGAGUGGAAAUAUCAGUAGUACUCCUUCAAUGAGAGGAACAGUUUGUUAUGUUGCUCCUGAGUAUGGUGGAGGAGGGCAACUAUCCGAGAAAUGUGAUGUUUACAGUUUUGGGGUAUUGAUUCUGGUCUUGGUUUCAGGCCGGAGGCCGUUGCAAGUGACGGCAUCGCCAAUGUCGGAAUUUGAGAGGGCGAACUUGACGUCGUGGGCAAGGCAGCUCGCUCGGAACGAUAGGCUUUUGGAUCUUGUUGACCCGGCUCUGCAUUCCUUGGAUAAGGAAGAGGCGUUGCUCUGUCUCACCAUUGCCCUGCUUUGCCUGCAGAGGACGCCCAGCAAACGGCCCUCAAUGAAGGAGAUUGUGGGGAUGCUAUCCGGCGAGGCUGAGCCGCCACAUUUACCAUUUGAAUUCUCCCCGUCACCGCCUUCCAAUUUUCCGUUCAAGUCCCGGAAGAAGGCACGGUGAGUGUUCGCUCAAAUGGGGCUUGUUUUUUAAUUUCUACUAUGAUUAUUAACUGUGCGGAGCGUGUACUGUUGGUUGUAGGUGAUUUCUAAUUGUCAUGCCUUUGGGAGAAUUAAAUGAUGAUUUUGAUGGGCAAAAAUGUUGCAUAGUUUUCAUGAACUUGGAUUUUCUUUUUUUCGCUUGUUUGUUUGGAAAUUUUUAGUCUGACCUGAGGAAUUCAAAGGAUUAAUAAUGUCAAAAAUGAGAGGAAGUGAUGAGGCUUUUUCUUUCAAAAACACCUUAAUCAACAAACUUUUGUUAGUGCUAUGGGUCUCAAAUGAACAACUUUUUAUGACUUUAGGAGUAGUAGGGCCCCGGAUGAUUGUGUAC